GCCCCGAGGAAGGCCCGCCCCCGCCCCUCGUGGCUGCGCGCGGCGCUCGGGGAGGACGGUCAUGGCGCGCGAGUUGCGGGCGCUGCUGCUGUGGGGCCGCCGCUUGCGGCCUCCGCUGCGGGCGCCGGUGCUGGCGGCUGCCCCGGGAGGAAAGCCAGUUCUGGGUCCUUGGAGGAUGACAGGCCAGCCAGGGAGCCCCGGGCAAGGCCUGGCUGCACCCCACUUCUGGGCUGGGCGGCUGUACAGUACGCAGGCCACCGAGGAGAAGGAGGAGCCCCUGCGCCCGUUCAUCAGCAGCACAGAGACCGUGCAGGGUUCUGCUUCCAAACACGAGUUCCAGGCUGAGACAAAAAAGCUUUUGGACAUUGUUGCACGUUCCUUGUACUCAGAAAAAGAGAUCUUCAUCCGGGAGCUGAUCUCCAACAGCAGCGAUGCCUUGGAAAAGCUGCGCCAUAAGCUGGUGUCAGAAGGCCAGACACCGCCGGAACUGGAGAUCCACCUGCAGACAGAUGCCGAGAAAGGCACCCUCACGAUCCAGGACACCGGAAUUGGGAUGACACAUGAUGAGCUGGUGUCCAACCUCGGGACGAUCGCCCGAUCCGGAUCCAAGGCCUUCCUGGACGCCCUGCAGAGCCAGGCCGAGGCCAGCAGCAGGAUCAUCGGCCAGUUCGGUGUGGGCUUCUACUCCGCCUUCAUGGUGGCCGACAGGGUGGAGGUCUUCUCCCGGCCGGCGGCCCCCGGGAGCCCAGGCCACCAGUGGCUUUCUGACGGCUCUGGAGUGUUCGAAAUCGCUGAAGCUUCAGGAGUCAGGACUGGGACCAAAAUAAUCAUCCACCUCAAGCCAGACUGCAGGGAGUUCGCCAGUGAGGCCCGGGUUCGAGAUGUGGUCACAAAAUACAGUAACUUUGUCAGCUUCCCCCUGUACCUUAACGGGAGGCGUCUCAACACUUUGCAGGCCAUCUGGACGCUGGACGCCAAGGACGUGGGCGAGUGGCAGCACGAGGAGUUCUACCGCUACAUCGCACAGGCCCACGACAAACCCCGCUACACCCUGCACUACAGGGCGGACGCGCCGCUCAGCAUCCGCAGCGUCUUCUACGUGCCCGAGAUGAAGCCGUCCAUGUUGGAUGUGAGCCGGGAGCUGGGGUCGAGCGUGGCGCUGUACAGCCGCAAAGUCCUCAUCCAGACCAAGGCUGCCGAGGUCCUGCCCCGCUGGCUGCGCUUUGUGCGAGGUGUGGUGGACAGCGAGGACAUCCCGCUGAACCUGAGCCGGGAGCUCCUGCAGGAGAGCGCACUCAUCAGGAAACUCCGGGAUGUUCUACAGCAGAGGCUGAUAAAGUUCUUCGUUGACCAGAGUAAAAAAGACGCUGAGAAAUACGCGAAGUUUUUUGACGAUUACGGCUUGUUCAUGCGAGAGGGCGUUGUGACCACCGCGGAGCAGGAGGUCAAGGAGGAGAUUGCGAAGCUGCUGCGGUACGAGUCCUCGGCACUGCCCGCAGGCCAGCUGACCAGCCUGGGGGACUACGCGGGGCGCAUGGCAGCCGGCACCCGCAACAUCUACUACCUGUGCACGCCCAGCCGGCACCUGGCGGAGCACUCGCCCUACUACGAGGCCAUGAAGCAGAAGGGCAUGGAGGUUCUCUUCUGCUAUGAGCAGUUUGAUGAGCUGACCCUGCUCCACCUCCGGGAGUUUGACAAGAAAAAGCUGGUUUCUGUGGAGACGGACAUCGUUAUCGAUCACUACAAGGAGGAGAAGUUCGAGGGCGGGUCCCCAGCUGACGAGCGCCUGUCCGAGGAGGAGGCAGAGGAGCUGCUGGCCUGGAUGAGGAACGCACUGGGGCCGCGGGUUGCCAACGUGAAGGUGACUCUCCGCCUGGACACCCACCCCGCCAUGGUCACGGUGCUGGAGAUGGGGGCUGCCCGGCACUUCCUGCGCAUGCAGCAGCUGGCCAGGACCCAGGAGGAGCGUGCCCAGAUCCUGCAGCCCACCCUGGAGAUCAACCCCAGGCACAGGCUGAUCAGGAAGCUCAGUCAGCUGAGAGAGCGCGAGCCGGACCUGGCCCAGCUGCUUGUCGACCAGAUAUAUGAGAAUGCCAUGAUCACCGCGGGGCUGGUGGACGACCCCAGGCCCAUGGUGAGCCGCCUCACCGAGCUCCUCACCCGGGCCCUGGACCGGCACUGACGGCAGGACCCAAUGCCUCAGCCGAGAAUACUGCCUUUUCUUGAGCUUUAUUUAUCCAGAUUAAAAGUUGUUUCUUAACCUA